AUGCUCGUCCUCCAAAUUCUCACAGCUGCUCUCACCAUCUCCUUCGCCAAAGCGAACCCCGUCGCCAUUGACGUGCGCAAUUGGGAUAACUCCGCUGCGGAUGGGGCUUUCAAGCGCGAAGAACUGGCCGUUAUGAGUGCUACCAGCAGCUACGCUGAAUACAUCCCAAGCCCCACUGAGACCAGCCUGACCCUUCGCUAUUACCAAGAGCGGGCCACCUGCCUUGACCAAUUUGUCUGGUAUUGCCAGGUUCCCGCAGGAGCAUGCAUCGCUGCCUUGGGCGGACUGGCGACACCAGUCAACCUGUGGUCUCUUGUACCUUGUGCCAUCGCCGCUGUUUGUGGAUCGGUGGCCCUUGUGUUCGGCGCGUUGUGCUGCAACGGCAUCAUUAAGAACUGUGACGGCUCAAGUUUCUCGUCCUCGAUUAGCAGUGCUAGCCGUGUCACUAGUAAUGUUAUGGCAACGUUAAACGGCGGGGGAGGUCACGGCGACGCACCUUUCAACAGAGAUUGCAUCACUCUGAAUGUCGAAAUUGCAGUGACGACGACUUCAAUAACAUGUACAACAGCUUCUUGGCUCGUACUUUCUGCAGCUUUGGACCAGGAGAAGCAGGGGGCGGUUGUGAACCGAAUUCCGUCUCUCAUGACGAUUUCAACAACUUCCUCCAUCGUCAAUGAAUUAUUGGUUCAAGGUUUUUAA